AUGUCAGGUGACCGGCUGCUGGUGCGCUGGGAGCGGCACGAGUGCGGCGUGCUGCGAAACCUGCGGCAGCUGCUGGCCGCCGAGGCGUUCGUCGACGUCACGCUGUGCUGCCAGGGGCGCCGGCUGCGUGCGCACCGCCUUCUCCUCUCCGCCUGCAGCCCCUACCUGCAGCGAGUGCUGCUGGACCACCCGUUGGGGCUGGGCGAGUCGGUGACGGUGAUCCUGCACGACGUGCUGCACGAAGACAUGCGGCGCCUGCUGGAGCUCAUGUAUAGCGGCGUGGCCGAGGUGCCGGCCGGCGAGCUGCCGCGCUUCCUGCGGACCGCACAGGCGCUCCAGGUCAGCGUGAUGCAGUCGGCCGAGCUGCGAGUCUGCGGGGCGCCCGCCGCCGACCCCGCCACCAAUGCGCCGCCGGAAGGUUUGCCUCCGCAGCCCGAUGCACCCGCGCCGACCCAGCUGCCUUCAUCCCCCACGCAGCGGCCUAGGUCUCCGCUGAGAGCCAUGUCCCCGCCCGGGUCGGACGCCGCUCUCUGCCCGCAACCGAACGCGCUGCCUCGGCCGCCGGCGCCGCCCUACUCGGUGACGGCGGCGGAAGCGCCGACGCUGCACGCCGUGACUCAGCGACACGAACGCCAACCCUGGCCGCUGUUCCCGCCCACCGCCGUUGCGCGGCAGCCGCUCGCCGACAACGGAAACCGAUCGCAAGGUGUCACAGCAUUUAUCACCGAACAGCACGACCAACCCGCCGAGCAGAACGUGCGACCAACUGCGCUGCCAAAUGUUGCUGACAGUCCGCGGCUGAAGAUGUUACUGGCUGCUGGCAGCGGCGCCUCGGCACUCCUUCCGGUCCUUGAGAAGAGUCUGUUAGAUUCCAACGACGUCUCAACUCCUGCCGGCAGUGAUGUCAGUCCACCACCACCUCUAACACAACCAUCACCACAAUCACAAUCACCACCACCACCACCACCACCACCACAACCACGUCAGCUUGGCCUACCUCUACAGCCAGUUCGCUCAGAUCCUCAACAAUUAUCAACACAACCGGAACCCACGCCGCACCACCAGUCACGGAAACCGCCGCAGCCAUCGCAAAAACGUGAGGAGUGUCCUACUGCAGCACCAUACGCCGAAGCGAAGACAAAUCACAUGUGUGAAGAGUGUGGCAAGUUCUUUGCCACAAAGACGUCGCUUAAGGCACACGGACGCACGCACACGGGGGAGAAGCCGCACCGCUGCCCGCAGUGCGGGAAGGCGUUCAGCCAACUGCGCAACUACAAGUACCACAUGUCGGUGCACGCGGGCACACGCGAGUUCGCGGCCGCCUGCCCCGAAUGCGGCAAGGUGUUCAACGACCGAGGCUACCUCAGCUCGCACAUGAAGAUCCACCGCAACCGCAAGGAGUACGCGUGUGCAGACUGCGGCCGGCGCUUCAACCAGCGCGUCGCCUACAAUAUGCACGUGCGCACGCACACGGGUGAGCGGCCGCACGCCUGCGCGCUCUGCGACAAGGCCUUCUCCCGCAAGAUGCUGCUCAAGCAGCACAUGCGCACGCACACCGGCGAGAAGCCGUUCACCUGCGAGUGGGAUGCUGAAAACAAGAUUAAGGCUAUAAGAGCCUUAAGGGAAAAGCAGAUUGGGUUAAGAAGAGCAGUAAAAGCUUUCAGUGAACCUCAGACGACACUUCAAAGGUUUGUGCAUAGUGAUAUGCCACCUGAAGAAUAUGUUUCUUUGAGACUUGGACAUAAGCCUGUACUACCUGAUGCUAUUGAGAAACAGUUGGUACAGUAUCUCUUUGAAACGGAUAAUCGCUUCUAUGGCCUUACCAGAUUAGAUGUCAAGAGAAUAGCAUAUCAGCUGACGGAAAGAAAUAAUAUUAAUCAUCCUUUUACUUCAAAUGCUGCAAGUAGAGCUUAG